AUGGAAUUGAGAAGACUGAGAGCUGGUUAUGCAAUUGUUUAUGUGAUUCUGCUUUGUGCAUUGGCAAUGGGGAGUAUAGAAGGCAAAAGGAGAGCAGAUAUGCUUUUCAGCAAUUAUGGUCCUCAGCUAGAGGAAAAAAUGGCAGAGCAAGAAUGGAUUCAUUGCUGGAAGGAAUUGAUAGAUAGGAGAGGUUCUUUCAAAGAUUUCGAUUUAUAUAUGCUGCAGGAAGCUACUUUUGACUGGAAAUCAAUAUUGCUCACCAAAGAAAACUUCCACAGAUUCAUGUGUGUUCUGUCACCACAAAUGAAACAAGAACUUUUGGAUUAUUGCUCAAGAGAGAAAAAUCUUAACUUUCCUUACAAUGGAGAUAGUUCUAGGUUCAUCAAGUGUGUUAAGUUGCUUUUAGAUUUGUGUAAUAGUCAUAGAAGAUAUCUAGCUAGCAAUACUCAUCGACGAACAAGUCCAAGCCUUUCUCCAUCAGCACCUGCAGCAGCAACCCCAGGUUAUGGUCCAGCACCAUUCAAUCUAGCAGCUGUCAGCUCUUCAUCUCCAAGGAGACUGACCCUUUCGUUCUUACAAAAGAAAUUGCAUCGCCGAGAAGAUAUAAGUGAUUCACCUCCUCCACCUCCACCACCAAGAAAACGUUCCCCACCGAGUUCACAUCGUAAACAUGUUCCUCCACCUCCAGUGCAUAAGGGCAUUGAUCAGGAUCUUGUUGUUCCUGUUGCUGCAACUGCAGCAGGAACAUUUUGUUUUGUUGCGAUGCUCUUCUUUUGCUGGUGCUGUUGUAGGGGUGGUGGCAACAAAAUUGGCCCUGGAGGUGGAAAAAGAGAUGAGAGGCCUCUUCUGCGCUUCAAUUUGUCUAAUUCUACUUCUCAAAGUUCUUUUAGUUUAGGAAAUUCCAGUUCCAAAGGCCACGAUUCUAAUGAUGGAAACACUACGUUCCAAAGCAAUUUGUCAACGAAACAUGGAAAUCAUGAUUCCUCGCUGGCGGAGGCACCAUCAGGAGAAGCACUUCCUCAUCUAAAACCUCCUCCUGGAAGACCUGCUCCUCCACCUCCUGGACCACCACCACCACCUCCUGCUGCAGCUCCUCGUCCCCCAGCACCUCCAAAAGUUGCUCGCGCUCCACCAGCUCCUCCUCCUAAAGGCAAGAUGAAGCCUUCCCCCUCGGACCACAUCGAAGACGAUCUUGAUGGUGAAGGAGCUCCAAAAGCCAAGUUAAAGCCAUUCUUUUGGGAUAAGGUUGCAGCCAACCCUGAUCACUCAAUGGUUUGGAAUGAGAUCAGUGCCGGUUCAUUCCAGUUCAAUGAGGAGAUGAUAGAGUCAUUAUUUGGUUAUAAUGCUGUGGAUAACAACACAAAUGAUCGCAAGAGAGAUCCAUCUGAACCUUCAAUCCAGUAUAUUCAGAUCAUCGAUGCAAGGAAAGCGCAAAAUCUAUCCAUUCUUCUACGAGCACUGAAUGUGACUACCGAAGAAGUCCUUGAUGCUCUACAAGAAGGUAAUGAGCUACCAGUGGAGCUCCUUCAGACCUUGCUGAAGAUGGCGCCGACAUCAGAAGAGGAGUUGAAGCUUAGGUUAUUUCCUGGUGACAUCUCUCAGCUGGGUCCAGCAGAGCGUUUCCUAAAAGUCUUGGUCGAAAUACCAUGUGCUUUCAAACGAAUAGAGGCAUUGAUAUUCAUGAGUUCUCUACAGGAAGAAGUUUCAGGCCUAAAAGAGUCCUUUGCAACCCUUGAGGUUGCUUGCAACAAACUAAGAAGCAGCAGGCUAUUUCUGAAACUCCUAGAAGCAGUUCUUAAAACUGGUAAUCGAAUGAAUGAUGGUACAUACCGUGGUGGUGCACAGGCAUUCAAACUCGACACACUCUUGAAACUCGCUGAUGUCAAGGGAAUAGAUGGCAAGACUACACUCUUGCACUUUGUUGUUCAGGAGAUAUUUCGUUCGGAAGGCAUCCGUGCUGUCCGAACAGCAAGACCUAGCCAGAGCUUCUCCAGUGUGAAGUCAGAUGAUUACAUUGGCAAUUCUAACCCAGCAUCAGUGGAGCACUAUCGAAAACUUGGUCUAAAUGUGGUAUCAGGUUUAAGCACUGAACUUGAAGACGUAAAGAAGGCAGCGGUCAUAGAUGCUGAUGUCUUAACAUCUACAGUGUCCAAACUUAGGCAAUCAUUGACAAAAACCAAAGCUUUCCUCGACUCUGAUUUGAAGAGUUUGGGAGAAGACAGUGAAUUCUAUUAUGCGCUGGCUAGCUUUUUGGAGCGUGCAGAGUCUGAAAUCUCAAGCAUGUCCGAAGAAGAAAAGAGGAUAACAGCUCUGGUGAAGAGUACAGCAGAUUACUUUCAUGGGAAUGCUGGAAGGGAUGAAGGUUUGCGUUUGUUCACAAUUGUUCGCGAUUUCUUGAUAAUGUUAGAUAAGGUAUGUAAAGAGUUAAGAGAUGACAGAGCAACAAGGCCAAAAACGACAUCCAAAAAAGAGAUUCCGGUAGUGACAGCAACAAAUAGUCAGAAAUCUGAAAAUGCAAUUCAGAAACUAUUUCCAGCCAUUGUUGGAAGGCGAACUGAUGAUUCCAGUUCAGACGAUGACAGUCCAUCCCCUUAG